GUGUGCGUGUGUGUGUGUGUGUGUGCGUGUGUGUGUGACUGAGGGAGAGAGAAACUACCCAACCCCAACAGAGCGUAGACGCGUCAGACGGCAGCCAGAGUAUCCCGGUUACGCACCGUGCAGAGGCCCCGUCGUCGGAUCGUGGAGCUCGAAACCAGCUGAGGAGGAAGUGAACAUCGCCUGGCACACGGCCACAGCUACCGUCAGUGAUGGAGAGCCUGCUGGAUAAUCCAAUGAAAGCCGUUCUUUACCUGAAGGAGCUCACCACGAUCGUCCAGAACCAGCAAAGCCUGAUCCAGACGCAGCGCCAACGCAUCGACGAACUCGAGCGAAAGGUGGAGGAUCUGAUCGGCGAGAACCGGCAGCUGCGGGAUCCUCAUCACUACGUCCAGCAGCCGGCUCAGCACCACCACCACCACCACCACCACCCGACCCACCGCAGCGCCAGCCCCCAAGCGCCGACCAACCUCCAUCAGCACGCGGGGAGCACCAAAGCCGCCGCUCACCUCGGCCAGCAGGCGCAGCAGCACCCGCCGCCGCCUCAGCAGCAGCAGCAGCAGCAGCAGCUUCAGCAUCAGCAUCAGCAUCAGCAUCAGCAUCAGCAUCAGCAUCAGCAGCAGAUUCCCGGCGUGUCGGCCCAGCCUCAGCAGCACCCGGCCCCGCCUGCGACGUCCUCCCACCACCCGCAGCAGCUGCAGCUCGUUCCCACCUCCCCCCAGUCGCCCAAGACGAGCCAAGCCAGCCCGGACUCCGCGGAGGAGGACAAGAGGAGCCCCUGCUGCAAGUCGCUGGUUCCGCAGACUCCCACUGCUCUGUGCCGCUCAGUCGGACUGGCCAGAAAAGCCGAGAACCCAACAGUCCUCCACCAGUUCUGCUGCCCGGCCCCAGAGGCCCCCGAGGCGGAGACCAGUACCGCCUGUGUCCCCAGCGAUGACCUUUCUCCAGACCUGUCAAUUGGGGAAGGGAAGGGAGGAGGAGAGGGGGAGCUGCAGAGUGAGGCCCAGUCACAGCCAGAACCAGAACCUCAGCAACAGCAGCAAGAGACUCAGCCACAGACUCAACCGCCACAGCCUCAAUAUGAGCCCCAACCACAGGUUGAGCCUCAACCGCAGCCCGAAGCCAAACCUCAGCCAGAACCGGAGCCCAAACCCUGGGCCGCACCAGAACCGGAGCCCGAGCCCGAGCCCGAGCCCCAGCCUCAGCCUCAGCCUCAGCCCAAAGCUGAGCCACCGAGCGAGGGAGCACCACAGGCGGCACCCGAAGCGCCUUCGCCUUGCAGGGAGGAGCACGCCGAAGAGUCAGAAGAGGUCGCGGAGUCCAAGACGGGGCAAGACGGAGAGCAGGCGGAGCGGCGCGAGGGCGAGGCGGUGCAGGGAGAAGAGGAGGAGGAAGGGGGAGGAGCAAAAGGAGGUGGGGUGGGGAGGAGAGCCAGCCUGCACCACACGGCCUCACCUUUGCGGGUGCAGCGCAACGGGGCCGGCUCGCACUCCGCCACCUCCGACUAUGAGCUGUCGCUCGACCUCAAAAAUAAGCAGAUCGAAAUGUUAGAGCACAAAUACGGCGGCCACCUCAUCUCCCGCCGCGCAGCCUGCAAGAUCCAGACCGCCUUCCGCCAGUACCAGCUCAGCAAGAACUUCGAGAAGAUCCGCAAUUCCCUGCUGGAGAGUCGGCUGCCCCGGCGCAUCUCCCUGCGCAAGGUCCGCGUCCAGAACACGGAGGGCUUCUCCGCUGAACGGGCCCUGGCUGAAGGCUGCAACCUGGCGGGCAUCCCACUGGUGCGCUCGCCCUCGCUGCCCGCCACGGUCGGCGGCACCCUGACCGACCUGGAGGACUCCUUCACCGAGCAGGUCCAGUCCCUGGCCAAGUCUAUAGACGAUGCUCUCAGCAACUGGAGCCUGAAGACCAUGUGCUCGUUACAAGAAGGCGGCACUUAUCAGUUCAGCGCCGACUCCUUCAGCGCCGCCGCGGCAGCUGCAGGGGUGGGAGGCGGGGAGGAGGGCGCCGGCGGGGGGGAGGCAACAGUUCACAAAGGCCCCGUGGACCCCAGCGACUUGUCAAGGAGCGCAAGCAAACUGAUGAUGGCCUUUCGAGACGUGACGGUGCAGAUAGACAGCCAGAACUUCCGCGUGUCAUCGUCGGUCAUGGAGUCGUCCACAUCUGUCUCCCUCGGCGGCUGCGUUCAACAAGAGGCCUCCUCCGCUGUCCGAACAACCAACUCCACGCCAGCUUCUGUUACAUUAACCAUCUCACAAGCGCCCCCUCCUCCGCCUCCGGAGAUCCCGGCGCAACCCAUGGAUCCGCCGCCUCCACCCCAGGAACCGCCGCCGCCCCUAGAGACAGACGGAUGCGAGCAGGAUAUUGAAUUCCCUGCUCCUCCUCCGAGCGAAGAAGAGCUUGGAGAGGAGGAGCAGCCCCCCCCUCUGACCCCUCUGGAUAAGAUGGCCGCCCCUCAAUGCCCAGAGGAGAUCGUAGCGGUGGUGCCUCCGCCCACAGAAGCCUCUCACGCUCCUCCACCGCCAGAGGUGGUGCCGCCCGGGACCCCUUCGGUGGUGGUGCCCCUGGAGGUGAAGCGAUGUGGCUCGGAGACGGCAGACAACAGCUCCGAACAGAUGAGCAGCAGCAGCACGUCGACCGAGGCGCGCUCCACGUCCGAAGCCUCGUCCAAGGAGGCGCUGCAGGCCAUGAUCCUCAGCCUGCCACGCUACCACUGUGAGAAUCCUGCCAGCUGCAAAUCGCCCACGCUGUCGACUGAUGUCAUGCGAAAGCGACUCUAUCGCAUUGGCCUCAACCUCUUCAAUGUGAACCCUGACAAGGGCCUCCAGUUCCUGAUCUCGCGCGGCUUCAUUCCCGACACGCCCAUCGGCGUGGCCCACUUCCUGCUGCAGCGCAAGGGCCUGAGCCGGCAGAUGAUCGGAGAGUUCCUCGGCAACAGCAAGAAGCCCUUCAACCGAGACGUCCUGGACUGUGUGGUGGAUGAGAUGGACUUCUCAGGUAUGGAGCUGGACGAGGCUCUGAGGAAAUUCCAGGCCCACAUUCGAGUCCAGGGAGAGGCCCAGAAGGUGGAACGUCUCAUCGAGGCCUUCAGCCAGCGCUACUGCAUGUGCAACCCGGAUGUGGUGCAGCAGUUCCACAACCCGGACACCAUCUUCAUCCUGGCGUUCGCCAUCAUCCUGCUCAACACCGACAUGUACAGCCCCAACAUCAAGCCCGACCGCAAGAUGCUGCUGGAGGACUUCAUACGCAACCUGCGAGGUGUGGACGACGGAGCCGACAUCCCCAGGGACAUGGUGGUCGGCAUCUACGAGAGGAUACAGCAGCGGGAGCUGCGCUCCAACGAGGACCACGUCACCUACGUCUCCAAGGUGGAGCAGUCCAUCGUGGGCAUGAAAACGGUUCUGUCUGUUCCUCACAGAAGACUGGUUUGCUGUAGUCGCCUUUUCGAGGUGACGGAUGUCAACAAGGCCCAGAAGCAGGCAGCUCACCAGAGAGAAGUCUUCCUCUUCAACGACCUCAUCGUGAUCUUAAAGCUUUGUCCAAAGAAGAAGAGCUCCGCCGCCUAUACGUUCUGCAAGGCGAUGGGUCUGCUCGGCAUGCAGUUCCACCUGUUUGAGAAUGAAUACUACCCCCACGGCAUCACCAUCCUCUCACCGUUCGGCUCGGACAAGAAGCAGGUGCUGCACUUCUGCGCGCAAAGCGCCGAGGAGCUGCUCAAGUUCGUGGAAGACCUGAAGGAAUCCAUCGCAGAGGUGUCAGAGAUGGAGCAGAUACGCAUCGAGUGGGAGCUGGAGAAGCAGCAGGGGGCCAAGACGCACUCGGUAAAGAACAACGGCACGCAGUUAGAGCUGCGAGGCAAGCAGGGGUCCCCAUCAGGUAACAAGGAUGUAGACGACAGAAGCGGACACGGUGCUGUGGAGGUGUCAAUUCACAACAGGCUUCAGACGUACCAGCUCAGCAGCAGCAGCAGCAGCAGCGCGGCUCAGAGUCCCGAGAGCGCGGCCCUUCUUAACCAGCGGGGGGAGCCGCCGCUCCAGCAGGCGGCUCCGCCUCCGCGCCCGCAGCUGCACUCGGCGGCGAGCACCCCCGCCCACCACCUCCGCCUCCAGCCGCACCCCCAGCCCGCCGUCAGCAUGGCCGAGCUGCGGCCCGACACGCUCAUCCAGUGUCAGCAGAUCGUCAAGGUCAUCAUGCUGGACAACAGCGGCCACGGGCGCGUGGAGGCCUUCCUCAGCCAGACGCCCACCCACCACCACCACCACCACCACCACCACCUUCACCACCAGCAUCACCACCACAGCCUCCACCAGCUCAGUCAGUCGGCCAUGUCCACCCCGGUGCGCUCGCCGGACGGCUCCCAUGGCAACGACGGCCACCAGCCUCCGCUGCCUCCCCCGCCUCCGCCUUACAACCACCCGCACCAGUACAUACCACCAGACCCCCGCCUCAGUCUGCACCGGACCCCAAGCGGCUCCCGGAGCAUGGUGUAAAUAGGAGAAUUAGUACUGCUUCCCUUCCAACACACUCGCACACACACGGCCACUCAACCUCACCAGUCUCCACGUAUUUACCAGUACAUAUUGUACAUAGAUGCAUAAACUGAAAGAGCUAUAUUAAAAAAAGUAGAGUCACAUUAAUAUGCACAUAUUUAAAGAAAAGCAGAAAUCAAAAAGAGGUCUCAGAAGAGACAGGAACAAAGUGCAUAUAUAAAGAUUUACUUGAUUCCACAUGUAUUUUGAAAUAUUGUAGUUUUAACAAAUUUCUAUACAUUUUGUCAGUUUUAACUCCUGCUAGACAAAACUCAUGGAUUCCACGCGUGAAUCCCUCAGACUUUACUUCCUGUUGGGUUGUUUUUUUUUCAGUUUUGCUACGGGAUGGACGCGUCCUCUGCUUCGUCUUGCUUUCACGGUCCCAGACCUCAUGCCUAUCGUGCUGUACGUGCGCAUGCGUGCAUAGCUGAGAAAAGAGAAAAAAAAAAACCUGUGCCAAAAUACAUGCGCCUCCACUCAACAAUGACUUCUUUGCACUUGACUAAACGCUAGGGCUAGAUGAAAAGGAAAGAACCCUCCCGCUUUGAGAUAAUAGUCCUUCUCCCAGAAGGAGCGUAGAAAAUAAGGACCAAAACUGCUCUUUAAUAAAAAGCUCUUUCCCCAUUUGCACCGUUGCUGAUUUCUUUGUGUGAUGGGAGCCUCCUCUCUCAUCCUCCACUCCUCCGGAUUAAAAGCAGCAUCCUGAGAUAGCGCUGUCAUCUGCGCCUCGUCGUGUUGUGGCUCUCGACGCCCAUCGCUCUUCAGAGAAACACCAAACAGACGCAGGACUUUCCCGCUUCGCAGGAACUGUCCACUUUUCUAAACCCGGUUCAGUUCACGUGUAACACGCUGUGUGUGCAACCGUUCAGGAAAGCUCCGUCGCUUUUCAGGGAGGUGUGAACUACCAUGAAGACGCUUCUGCUGCAGCUGUUAAAGGUCACGAUCUGUGUUUAGUUUCAUUUCCAGUUCUGUUUCUUCCCGUCGGUGGAGAAAUGCCGGGUGGAGACCACCCACAAGCGCCCAGACACCGUCCCGUCUCUUUUAUGUUGGUGUUUUACGUUUGUUUUGUGUUUCGUCUCCUUGUGACGGGUUCCUCCUCCCUGUUAACCUUUCAGUGUGACAUUUUCCACCAGACAAACAAACCCGCGCGCAGCCUCUUGCAAAUGGUGGCGUUGAUGGUAUCGCCGCGCGCCGCUGGCGGCUCGGCUUUAAAUAAGAGCAGGACGGACGGGAGGCAUUAUCUGAUCUUUUCCUUUCACUCGAGCCAAGAUUGUAAAUAUCACAUUCAAGCAGUGUCGGAACGGACGAGCAAGCGACCUUUAACCCCUCCAAAAUGCUAGCGCCCCCGUCACGCGUUUCUCAUUAUGAGACAGGUCAGCGGCCGCCACCGCCUCUCGAACGCGAGGACGCUCGUUUAGCCGCGCUCCCAUCUGGCCUCCAUGUCUGAUACGAUGACUUCUCAUCACAGACCCGUCCUUUUGCACAGAGGGUGCAGGUUGUUGAGGUGACCUUCCUGACCUAAGGAGCCCAACCAUUUUAAUGUUUUUACUGGCUGCGAACCUUCGAAGGUUGUGCGAUACAUUUUAGCACAAGAGUUUUAAUAUUGACCCCUGGGACGAUUUGUCCACUUUAACGCGGCUGGUUUUUAUGCAUGGCAUCAGCUCGGAGGCCUCCUGAACCUGGACCCUUAAACCCGGUGAAUUGUCUUUGCAUGUUUGUGAGCAGAUGAAGAUUUGAAUUUUUGUUAUGCUGGAAAUGAUGCUUUGAAGAAAAUAAAGAUGUGUACUAGCGAAUGCCCCUCCUCCGCUGAGGCGGACAUGCUCGAGCCCAAUUCUGCCAAAACGAGGCCAGUUUUGCCCCCCUCGUCUUUCUCCGCCCUCCGUUUAUGGUUUCACAGCUUUUCCUGACGAAGCGUUUAAGCAUCUUUUUAAAAUGCCCCUGCCGUGCGUGCAGAAACACACGAUCGGAGGCAGGUGUGCGACCAAUGUAGCAUUUCUGGAGUGUAGCGUGUGGACGCGCAGUGGCUGACCUUCACAAAGAAACUGACAAAAGGGCUCCGCUUCACCAGUGCACUGCUUCGCGAGCGGCGUGGAUGUCGUCUGGCUUUUUAAACACUGUGUUUGCUCAUACUAGUUUAAAAAAAUGACAAAAAGUGAGCGGACUUAGCGUCAGACAGGUGGAAAGACACUGUUUGAACCAUCACCUCCCUGAGUUGGCUUUGAUUCCUUCUCUACCUGUCUUUGCAGUAUAUCUACAUGCUAUUAAAGAUGAUUUAAGUCUAUUCACCACAAA